AUGAACGCGUCCAAACAAGCAUGCGACAACUGUCGCCGACGCAAGAUCAAAUGCUCCCGCGAACUUCCAUGCGACAAAUGCCAAAGACUACUCCUCUCCUGCUCAUAUAGCGAUGUCCUCCGUCGCAAAGGCCCCAAAUUCCGCACCCUAUACCCCCUGGCUGCAAUUCAUCCAUCCCGGGCUAAUCCCGAGAAGGAGCAAGACCCCGAGACCGAGUUCAAUUCACCGAUCUCGCCGUUCGGGGCCCAAGACGCUCGGUUUCAUUUCUCGGAUACGUUCUCUCACCUUCCGCCGCCGGAUCUCGUCUCUUCCCCGGGGACGGACUCGACUGUCGAGUCUGCCAAUGGGUAUAUGCAGCUCCCCCGGCGGCUCCCGCCACAGAUCCUGCUGGCGCAUGUGAAUGUUUAUCUCAAGUAUCUAUUCCCCAUCAUGCCGGUCGUGCGUGGGGAUCAGCUGCGCGCAGAUUGUGAUCAUCCGGAACGGCUGUCUGCGAAGCGAUAUGCGUUUUUGGCGUCGCUCUGCGCGGCGACGCAUAUCCAGCUGAAGCUGGAUGGUGCCGGUCCAGUGUCGGAUCCUGCGUUGCGUAUGGGUGAUGGUCAUUUGCUCAUGUCCGGAGAGGAGCUGUUAGCAGAGGCUGUGAGGGCACGGGGUGAAUGUGAUAUUUUGGAAGACCUAGGGCCGGAGAGUCUCUUGACGUCUUUCUUUUUGUUUGCUUCCUAUGGAAACAUGGACCGGCAGGACCAUGCAUGGUUUUUCUUGUGCCAGGCGACUUCCUUUGCGUUCAGUCUAGGGCUGCACCGUGAAUCAACGUAUGCCGAGUAUGAGAUCGAGGAGGCGGAGGAGAGGCGGAGAAUCUUUUGGCUGUUGUUCAUAACGGAGAGGGGAUACGCUCUUCAGCAAGCAAAGCCCGUCAUGCUGCGGAGUUCAAUACACAAGCCACAGGUCCUUUGCUCGGGAGACCCUAUCUUGGCUUAUGGGUUUAUCAACCUGAUCAACGUAUUCGAGAAGCUCACGCCAAACCUGUACGACUGGGUAUCGGCAGGCGGCGGUGACAGCAUUCUAGAGCGACCGCCAACUUCGGCCAUCCAGUCGAGUCUGUGCAAAGCGAUUUCACUAGACGGAGUGCUGGAAAUCCAGCAGGUGGAUAUCCUAAUCACCCAACAGUGGCUGCAGGCAAUGAUGUGGAAGUUAUCAAUGAACCAUGCAACGCAACCUGGAUCGCGCGAUGAUGCCGUCUUGCCAUUCCAUCUCCCAGUGAUGGUAGGCAAAGCUGUGAUGAGUGUGAUCGGUACCGCAUCACAGGGUGCGGUUGACGCACAUGGCAUUGGAAUGGAACAGAAGCUUUUCGAUAUGGGCGUCUCCGUCGCCGAUGUCACUCGAUCUCUCGGACCCAAAGCAGUGCACCGUCUGGCUGAGUCGACUGUCGAUCCGAAUGAGCUGUUGUGGGGCAUUCUUCACACCCUCUCUCAAAUUCGUGGAUCGCCUUCGUAUUUGUUCCCAUCAUUGUUGGAGCGUUGCAAGACGGUGCUUGGGUUGGAUUGCAGCAUCACCACUGGGAACUUCCUUCCUAUCCUCGGUGCCACAGCCCCAGAUCAGUUGGCUUCAUGGUCAGGUCAUAAUUUCUGGGAUCUUUCUGUGGGUGCGGAGGUCCAUGAUGGCAACGAACAGACUGAGGCUGGUCCUCACCCUGUGGCCCAGGAGGUGGAUUUCCAGAACUGCCUUCUGGGAUGA